UUCUGUUCAGUAGCUUUUAAGUCCUCUGAUGCUACAGAUAGAGGCACGUGAGGGUCAACUGGAAAGGCAGACAAUAAGGGAAUUCAGCACUCAUGAUGGAUAAAAUUGAAGUGCUCACACUCACGCUCGUCCUGCUGUGCACUGUCUCUGGAUUUUCACACAGUACGUAUUACAUUCCAGACUGACUUUCGCUCAGAUAGACGGAUGGAAGAGCAAUGACCAGUCUGACUUGAGAAGUAAGGAGCUUAGCGAUGUUUUUACAUCUGCAGAGAUGAGAAACAAUUGUGCUGAAAAUAUUACUGAGGAAUCCACUCAAAUGACAAAAACCGAGGAACAGAGGGGUGAAAGGAAUACCUCAGAGAGGAACCCUACUAGAAAGCUUGUCGAGAAAAUAAAGACUGUGAAGGAAAGAAGGGGAGAUGGACUGACUUCACAGAUAGAAACAGAAAUGGAGGAAAACACAGAGCGUGAAAUGACCACAGCUGGCAGUAUAGAAGGACUCUUUGUAAAGAAAAGUGGUGAAGGGUACACCCCUGAGACAUUUCUCACAAGUAGUCUUUUACAAGAAGGAACAAACAGAGAGAUCUACUCUGCACCAGACACAGCUGAAUAUGUAGAUACAGAUAAAGAAGUUGCAUCGAAAAUGAGAGAAAAUGGACUGAAUUUGGACCCUGACUCAAAGACAGAGACACACAAUGAGAGCAGGAGACUGACACGUACUGGAAAAAAAGGGAAAAUAGGUAAUGAUCAUGAUGCAGUGAUACCAGAGGAAGCGAAGCGCAACAGGACAGAUGUGAAAGUGAAGAGAAGUGAUCAAAUAGAGAGGCUGAAACAAAAAAUGGUUGAAGAGGAGAGAGAAGGAGAGCUAGUUGCAGGGAUCAGUCAUCAGGAGAAGAGAAGAGCGGCACAAACUAUAAAAGAAAUAGGAGACAAGGAGAAAGGCGCAAAAAAGAGUGAGGACAUAGCCCAUGCAGUCUAUAAGGAAGAAGAUCAGGUAUUAAUUAACAACGUUGCAUCUCCUUUAAGGAUAUUUCCUGCUCAGGUAGAAAAUGCCACAAUUCAAAUUAUCACCCGUUCUCAAAAUAAGCCUCCUGCUUAUCACAUCUCCCCUUCACUUCCUGUCACACCCACACAAAUUCCUCCAGACUCCUCUCACCCUCCCACCCUUUACACCACGGAUAGUUUUCGGUCUCCUUCUGUCAAUAUUCACAUUCCUAACUCAGUCAGUCACAUCACAGACUUAACAGAGAGUCCGGGAGGCCAUCUCAAGCGGAAAGAAACGGGAGUGAAGGCUGGCUUAGUUAAAGAAGAUGUAAUGGUUAAAAAUGUUUUGUUGAAACCAGCAUGGAAAGAGGUACAAACACACAGAGCAGAGGACAAGGGGGAAAUAAACAGAGUUGUGCAACCAUAUGAGGGUGAAUUUAUCUUCUUGGUCCAAACAGCAACAACACAACCCAACGAAGCAAAGUUUUUCACCAGAGAGCCAAACCCAACAUCAAAAAUAAAUGGCGUUUUAUCUGCUGAAGCGCCUCGGCUUGCACACAAAUCAAACACGUCGCAGUCGAUGGGCAAAUACCGAAAUGUUGAACUGAUGGAGAAUUACACCAAACUUACAGGGAAGCAAAAUAAAGCAUCUUCUCCGCAACCACAGCUGAACAAAUCUUCAGCCAAACCACAGCUCGGAACUGCCAAAACACCUUCACCGAGGCCAGUGAAAAACAACAAGCAAAGCAAAAAUAAGACCAUCAAGAAGUCCAAGGAAAAGAGAAGGAAGAAGAACAAUAAAGCCCAAAAGCCACCAAAGAAGAAGAAAGAAAUCUUCCCACCAACGCACUUUUCUUACUUUAUGGACAACUAUUGUCCAAUCGAGUGUGCCUGCUAUGGAAGAGUGGUCCAGUGCUCAGACAAAGGUGUGGAUAAGGUUCCUUAUGGUAUCCCCUAUAAUUCCCGCUACAUCCUCCUUAUGAAUAACUACAUCGACAGCAUCCAGCUGGACCUGCUAAAUCAAUAUGACUCUAUGGAGUUCCUUGUACUAAGCAACAAUCGUCUCACAGAUGGUUCCAUUGAGGGAGCUUUUGAAGGGGUCCCAGCUCUGAAACGCCUCUACUUGGAUAGGAAUCUCUUACAAAGCGUGCCAGCAGACCUUCCAGCUUCUCUGGAGGAGCUUCGUCUGGACAACAACCGCCUGACCAUGAUGUCGAAGGCAGCCUGGGCACAGUGCCCUGUCCUCUUGGUUCUGAGCCUCAGCAACAACAGCCUUGGGAAUAAUUCAAUUCCUAAUGGCGUGCUCUCUCCUCUGGGGAACCUGCGCACUCUGAACCUGGAUCGCAACAUGUUGAUCUCAGUACCUCUGGGGUUACCAUUGUCAAUCAAAGAGCUCUAUCUUAAGGGUAACCUCCUUGAGAGUUUUGGCAGAGGAGCUUUCAACGGGAAAUCAGGGUUGGUGGUGUUGGACCUGAGUGCAAACAGACUGACAAACAAAGGGCUAGAUAGGGAUUCCUUCCUCAAUAUAACAUUCUUGGAAAGCAUCAACUUAGAGGGGAACAGACUAAAACAGGUGCCACAACACCUUCCUCCAUCUCUUAAAACUCUAAAUUUGGAGGGAAACUUCAUAUCUUCCAUAAAGAAAUCAGCUUUCAGAAGUUUGAAAAAGCUAGAGCACCUAGGCUUAGCAUGGAAUAAAAUCUUUAAAGUGACAACAGGUGCAUUCAGGAUGCUGCCCGUACUGCACCAGUUAGACCUGAGUCACAACACACUGAAACUGGUGCCCAGACAGUUACCUAAGGGUUUGCACUCAGUAGCACUCAAGCACAACAAGAUUCAGUCAGUGCCUCGUGAUGCUUUCUGCUGGGGCAAUAAAAGUCUAAGCGGACUUGUGAAAGUGCAGUUGGAGCACAAUUUCAUUGAUAUGGCAAAGCUGGAUGCACAUGCCUUCAGAUGCUUACGGGGCUUCCAGGUGGUGCACUUCUACUGAGCAUCUGAAUCUUCAAAAGUUUCAUAGGCUUGGAUUUUUUUUAUGCACACAAUUGAAAUAAAAGUUUAUAGUACUGAAUCCUGCUUUGAAAGUUUUAUCCAAGACCUGUGGUGAAUGCCACUAUUACGAUAAACCAAUGAUGAAACUCAAAAACAAUAUUUAUUGUGUGUGAAAUUCAGUUUAUUGUGUGUGACCCACCAAAGUCUCACUGUCCGACUAUUUUUAUGACUCAGGCUGCUUUUCCCAAAAUCCCUUAUAUGGUAGGAAAACAUCUGUUUGCAUGCAGCAUGAGCAGCCUAAGAUACCUAGAACUGCAAAUGCAAAUUGUAUGAAUGCAAAUCAUCAUGUUAUUACUGACAGUUUUUAUUUCUGGCAGUUUUUCCAUGACCAACUAAAGCAAACAUUAUUAUUUUAUCCUAGAGUAAUUAAGUUUAAAAAAAAAAAAGCUGCUUUGUUUUAUUAGGCUAAAAGUUAAAUUAAGACUACUUAUAUGAAGGUAACAUGGAAAAAAUGCUUUGGAAUUAGAAAUUUAAAAAUAAAAUAAAAGCAAUUAUGUUGAAUGUAUGUAGACUUGUUUAAUUUAAAUAUUGGAUCCAAUUUACUUUUCUUUUUAACAUUGUCAGCAUUGUUUUCAUAUGUCCUAGUUUCUAGAAUGUGAAUAUGUCAGAUGUGCUGACAAUGAGAGACUCUCUGUGGCCUAUGGAUCCAUGUUUGUUUUGGGUAAAGUGUGAGCUCACUGAUUGCAACCAUCUAUUCUUUGCUCUGUAUGUAUCAACAAUAUGUUUUAUGAGUCACUGAAUAAAAAACAGAAGAUUCUACUGAUUAUAUGCCAUUGUCGUGACACUCUCUACACCUUUUCAUCUCUACUAUAACAUCUUACUUAACUAGAUGUCUG